AAGGUAGAAAAUAAUGAAUUGAAGAUCUAGAAAGAAGAUUUAGAAAGCCUAAUGUUUCUACAUCGACCAAACCAAUGUUCCCUGCACACAGAUCGGGUGAUGGCGGGGUAGACGUAAAGAAGGCCACCGUCCAUUUCUAAAAUCGACAAAUUCCUACAACUUUUAUGCACUUCGUAUCCUUCUCGGCAAAUUGUUAUUCGAAGCUUUCUGUAACAGAUUCAUGGAGUACAGUGCAUCACUUAAAGGUUUACAGGCGCCUCCCCGUCUUAGUAGCAAGUGUGCUUCUUCAGGAAUUUCACAGGUCAGAAUUGGAGCGAGGCCAAAGCAUUCGACAAGUAUUAGGGCUUUUCAAUCUCAAAAUGCUUCCUUUCCUUCAACUUCUUCAUUGUAUGAUGUUCUCUGUGUCUCUCCCGACGUCAGUGCGAGUGAUAUAAAACGCGCAUACCGUAGAAUGGCUCUCAAAUACCAUCCUGAUGUCUGCCCUUCUGCAGACAAGGAAGAGUGUAGCAAAUUGUUCCUUCAAGUUCAGGAGGCUUACGAGACUCUGUCGGAUCCUCUGCUCCGCCAGGAUUAUGAUUGGAGACUGCAGAACAUGUUCACAGUAGGCAAUUACGAAGGCAGAUUGGAGAGUAGUCGUGUGUGGGAAGCUCAGCUGAUGGAAUUGAUUAGGAGGAGAUCGGGAAAUAACUCGACGUCAUGGGGUAGCAGAAUGAGAAGACGAAAUCAAGAGGGGGCUUAUGCUUGCUUUUGAUUAAAUCGUGAUUACUGUGGGUUAUUUGAGAGUUUGUUGUAAAUUGGAUUGUAAAAUAGGGCAUUUGAGCGCCUUCUAGUUGUGUAAAUAUUGUCAAUUUUCUCUUAAUUCCAUUCGUUAUGUCAUAUUUAA